AGACCCUCACAAUCACAAUUCACAAGAAAACAUAGGAUACUAGCUUAUAGUGACUAAAAUUUAAACAAUAUGGCUAGUACUCAUAGCACUUUCAAAAAUGCCUUGAUUGCAAUUUUAGCUACUUUUCCUUCUAUUCUUUUCUACAUCUCUUUCCUUCAUCAUCACAAUAAUGAAGAUCACUCAUUGUGGAAUUGGUGCAAUCAACAUCCAUUUUUACUUGCUAAUGUCAUGUUUUUCCUUAAUGUCAAUGUACUUUUUUGGUUCAUUGCUCUUCUUCAAUCAAGCCUCCAUUGGAUGAUAGGUUUGUACUGGAUGGUUAUUCCAGUAAUGCUACUACAUUUCUAUGCAAAUCAUCCAAUGGCACAAUACAAUCAAUUGAGGUCAUGGAUUGUUACAAUUUUGACAUGGAUUUGGAGUAUUAGGAUGUUACAUAGCUACUUAAGAAGGGAAAAUUGGCAAUUGGGAGUUAAACAAGAUUGGAGAUACAUUGAUAUGAGUCACCAAUAUGGAAAGAAUUGGUGGUGGAUAUCUUUUUUUGCUAUUUAUAUCUCUCAACAGGUUUUACAGAUGGGGAUAUGCUUGCCUCUACAUGUUGUCCAUUCAGUAGAUAAGCCAUUGAACUUGUUGGAUUUCAUUGCCACAGUCAUCUGCAUCGCCGGCGUUACAAUCGCCUUUUACGCAGAUACACAGCUGCGCAUUUUCAUUAGCAAAAAUCAGAAACUAAAACAACUUGGCCAGCCAUUAGUUCCAAUUCUUGACAAAGGACUAUGGUGUUACUCAAGACAUCCAAAUUACUUUGGUGAGCAAAUGUGGUGGUGGGGAUUGGCCUUAUUUGGAUGGAAUUUGGGACAUAGUUAUAUAUUUAUUGGUGCAGUUUUAAAUAGUAUGUGUUUGGGAUAUGUUACUAUGCUUGUUGAGGAAAACAUGGUUAGAGAAAACUAUAGGGCUAAUGCAUAUAACCUCUACCAAAAGAAUACAUCUAUGUGGAUACCAUGGUUGAUCAAGUCUACCUCAAAUGAUAAAGGUAAGAAAAAUUGAGUCCAUAUGGUAAUUUUAUAAGAAGAAAAGAACAAUGUAUUGUUAUAUGUUGCUCGGACUCUUCAAAAAUAGUCGAUCGAUGGGUGCGACAUCAAAAGUGAAGAGCUCGCGCAGCUUAGUUGUAUUGUUAUUUGCUUUGUAUUUACUUCUCUUGUAUGUAUGAUUCAUUUGCUUUGUUAUGUAUUGUGAAAACUGUGCUAUCUGUUUAUAAUC